AUGGCUUCACUACUAGGCCUCCUCGACCGCGCUGCCGCUGCUUCGCCGAGUGCGCACGUGUUUUUCCAUGGAGAAGAUGGACCAAUCGCUAUGACUUAUGUCGAGCUUCAUCGACAAGCCACUGAGAAUGCACUCAUAAUCAGACACAAACUUGGCGUGUCACCCGGCCAAGUCGUCCUGCUUCACUUAGAUUCGCAGGCAAAUUAUAUGACCUGGUUCUGGUCUGUCUUGGCAGCGAAUGCGAUACCUGUGAUGUCGACGCCUCUCCCUGCAGAUGAGGUUGCCAGUGGUCGGCACCUGAAGCACCUGAACGCCCUGCUUGGCAACCCUACUGUACUCACCGUGAGAUCGUUGAGGGCUGAAUUGGUGUCCAUCAGCGACACGCAAAUCCGAUUGCUUGAUGAACUCGCAACUGCUGUAGGCAAAGGAACGCAACCGCCUCCAGUCGGCAAUGUUCAUAGCGAAACAGCAGCGCGGGGUGGAAACAACACUGCAUUCAUGAUGCUCACAUCGGGUUCUACUGGAGGGGCAAAAGCCGUCGAUAUUACGCACUCACAAGUUCUAGCUUCACUUCAGGCGAAAUCCCAGAUGACCGGCACUUCCGAGAGGGACACAUUCCUCAACUGGAUUGGUUUUGAUCAUGUUGCCUGUGUUACUGAAAUCCAUUUACAUGCUCUUGCCGCUUGUGCAACACAAGUCCAUAUCGAGCCUAAGAUGGUAAUUCGUGAUCCCCUCCUCUGGCUUGACAAACUGGCAUCACACAAAGUGAGCUACACUUUUGCACCGAAUUUCUUUCUCGCGGCGGUACUCAAGGCUGUCAGAGGCAAGGCAUCCGAUGAUACUUUCAACUUGUCUGAGUUGCGAUUGGUUGUAUCUGGCGGCGAAGCCAAUGCCGUAGCUACAGGUAUCGCGUUCAAUGAGAUGAUAAAGUCGUUUGGUGCACCUCGAGAUGUCCUUUGUCCUGCUUUUGGUAUGACAGAGACUUGCGCUGGAUCUAUCUACAACUUCCAGUUUCCAGCACUCGAAAGAGAAGCUAAACUGGAAUUCGCCUCAGUCGGUCAGAGUACAAGCGCUCUCAGUAUACGCAUCGUCGAUACGGAGGGCACAAUCCUUUCCUCCACAGAGACAGGUCAGCUUGAGCUCAGUGGUCUAGCAGUCGCACAGGCCUAUUACAAUAAUCCACGAAACGCCACUCAACUAUUUACACAUGAUGGUUGGUUUAAGACUGGCGAUACUGGCUACCUGGAUAGCCAGGGGAAUCUGAUCUUGAGUGGACGUACCAAAGAUUCGAUCAUCAUCAAUGGAGUCAAAUACUUCUCUCACGAACUCGAAGCGGCAGUAGACGCUGCUGUAGGAGAAGAAGAUAUUGUGCCGUCGUUCACAAGUGCUUUCGCCACUUGGCCCAAGGGCGGCAACAGUGAAGAGGUCAUCAUCACCAUUCUGACCGUGCAAGCGAACCCCGAGGAUACGGCUCUUGCCGCGAUCAUUGACAAAAUCGCCAAAGCUACGUUUCUGUACUGCUCCAAGAAACCAUCGGCGGUCAUUCCCCUGCCGUCCAAGUUGCUUGGCAAGUCAUCGUUAGGAAAGCUGUCACGAACUGCACUGAAGCAGGCCUAUGAACACGGAAAGUUUGACGACUACAUCAACGACACUGCGACAUGCCUGCGACGGUACCGUAAAAAGACGCGCAAAUCCCCGGAGACAGAUAUGGAGAGUGAGUUGGCCAGAAUAUUCGCGACCGAGUUUGAACUUGAUCCGCAGGAGGUUGGCGUUGAUGACAGCCUCGUUAAUUUCGGCGUUGACAGCAUACGCCUUCUACGUUUCAAGGGCGUACUGCAGGACCAGCUUGGUAUCUCCGAUAUCCCGAUUGGUGUGUUACUUACGAACCCAAGUAUUUCUAGCAUGGCCAAGGCACUAUCAUCGAGCGGUGAGGUAGGAGUCUAUGACCCUGUCGUCGUCCUCCAGUCAGCUCCGUCUCGGCGCACUCCGAUAUGGUUUAUUCAUCCCGGGCUCGGUGAAGUCCUGGUUUUCCUCAACAUCGGUAGAUUCUUCUCGGACAGACAGGUUUAUGCACUUCGUGCACCAGGGUUCAAUCCGGGCGAAAAGAUGUUUACCUCGAUUGAUGAGAUGACAGAUGUUUACAUGCACGCGAUCAAGCAAAGGCAGCCCCAUGGUCCGUAUGUCUUGGUAGGGUAUUCAUUUGGCUCCAUGAUUGCCUUUGAGACGACCAAGAAGCUGGAGGCGGCUGGUAACGUCGUCUUCAUGGGGUCUCUCAAUGGUCCUCCGCACAUCAAAUGGAGAAUGGUUCAGAUUGACUGGUGUGAACUGUUCCUCAAUCUAUCCUACUUCCUAGGAUUCAUUACGGAGGAAGAGGCCGUCCAGAAGGGUGUUGAUUUCCACAAGGCGGGCUACACCCGGGAUGAGAUCCUGGACAGAAUUUUGGCACUUGCGCCCCCCGAGAAGAUGAGGGAGCUCGACUUGACCAGAGAGAAAAUCGCGCGUUGGGCCGACAUCUCGUUGCAGCUCCAAGGGCUGGCCCACAGGUACGACCCUUGUGGAACGGUAGAUCACAUCGACGUCUUCUUUGCAAACCCUCUCCUCGCUGUGGGUAAAGACAAGCAGCAGUGGCUGCGCCAACACCUUCAUCCCUGGAAUGACUUUGCAAAGGAGCCAGCGCGCUUCCACGACAGUCCUGGCGCUCAUUACACAAUGUUGAGCCCGGAGCACGUCUUCCAGAUGCAGAAGGUACUGCGCACCGCGUUUGCGGCGAGAGGAGCUCUCUGA